UUUAUUCAGCUCCACAGAUAGUGUUCCUGGAAGAACCAGUAACUAUGGUAGAGAAUACAAAUACGUCAGGUGGAAACGUCGUUUGGAUAUGUGCAUCACAAGAUGUGGAUGGUAACACUGACCCAGUCUAUAGCAUUGUUUCACAGAGUGUAAAUGAUACUUUUAAGCUUAAUAAUGACAAAACAGAAGUUGUAACGACAGCCGAGUUCGAUUUUGAAGAAACACAGAGCUACGAAAUUGUAAUAAGCAUAACAGACACAUCCCCACUUGAAUUAUCUUCGACAGCCACACUUACCGUACAUAUACAAGACUUAAAUGACGUCACACCUAAUUUCACAUCGCCUGGUUCUAUAAAAAUACUAAAAAACACAGACCCAGGCACUGUUGUGUAUACUACUGAGACCGAAGACCCUGACACACUUGGCAAUGUAACAUAUAAAAUCACAGGUGGAAAUACCAACAACGAUUUCAGCAUAGACACUACAAGCGGUAACAUAACUGUCAUCAAUGUACUUAAUGUGCCUACAACAGCCAACUACAGUCUGAUUAUCCAAGCUAAUGAUACAGUUAACGUGGCCAGUUUUACACUAUUUGUAGAACUCAUACCAGAUGUUGACGAAUGUCUCUCCAACCCAUGUCAAAAUGACGCCACGUGUGUAGAUGGUAUAGAUAAGUUUACAUGCGACUGUGCUCCUGGCUACGACGGUACCACGUGUGAAAAUGACAUAGAUGAAUGUCAGUCAGACCCAUGUUUUAAUGGCGCCACCUGUGAACAUGAUAUAGAUGAAUAUAACUGCACGUGCGCUGAUGGCUUCAGUGGUGUAAACUGUGAAAUUGACGUUAACGAGUGUGAAUCCUCGCCGUGUCAAAAUGGUACAUGUCUAGAUCACGUCAAUGGAUAUAACUGUACAUGUGUGCCUGGAUAUGAGGGUGUAAACUGUAAAAUUGACAUUGACGAAUGUGAAUCUAACCAAUGUCAAAAUAAUGGAACCUGUGUAGAUGGUAUGAACGGAUAUAGAUGCACAUGUACCGGCGGAUAUGACGGCGAUAACUGCGAAAAUGACAUAGAUGAAUGUGAGUCAGACCCAUGUUUUAAUGGAGCCACCUGUGAACAUGGUAUAGAUGAAUAUAACUGCACGUGCACUGAUGGCUUCAGUGGUGUUAACUGUGAAAUUGACGUUAACGAGUGUGAAUCCUCGCCGUGUCAAAAUGGUACAUGUCUAGAUCUCGUCAACGGAUAUAACUGUACAUGUGUGCCUGGAUAUGAGGGUGUAAACUGCGAAAUUGAUGAUGAUGAGUGUGAAUCCUCGCCGUGUCAAAAUGGUACAUGUCUAGAUCUUGUGAACGGAUAUAACUGUACAUGUGUGCCAGGAUAUGAGGGCGUAAACUGCGAAAUUGACAUAGAUGAAUGUGAGUCAGACCCAUGUUUUAAUGGCGCCACCUGUGAACAUGGUAUAGAUGAAUAUAACUGCACGUGCGCUGAUGGCUUCAGUGGUGUUCAGUGCGAAACUGAUGCUGACGGGUGUGAAUCUUCGCCGUGUCAAAAUGGUACAUGUCUAGAUCUCGUCAACGGAUAUAACUGUACAUGUGUGCCUGGAUAUGAGGGCGUAAACUGCGAAAUUGAUAUUGACGAAUGUGCAUCAGUUGUAUGUACAAAUAAUGGAACUUGUUUUGACCUUGUCAGUGAUUUUAACUGUACAUGUCAGCCAGGUUAUACUGGAGAAUACUGCGAACAAGCCACAUGUUUGUCCACUCUUUGCCAGAAUGCCGGUACUUGUGCUAUAGUAAAUAAUCAGCAUGAAUGCACUUGUGCUACCGGAUACGAAGGCAUAUACUGUGAAGUCGUCACCUGUGAAACCAAUCCUUGCCAGAAUGCAGGUACCUGUGCUAUACAAAGCAAUCAGCAUGAAUGCACUUGUGCCGCUGGAUACGACGGCACAUAUUGUGAAACUGCAACCUGUUACAGUUACCCCUGCCAGAACGGAGCUGUCUGUUCUAUCGUAAACAACCAACAUGUUUGUAAUUGCUUCGCAGGAAACGAAGGCACAUAUUGCCGAACAGGUUUACAUCUUGGUUACGGUGCAGCGGAAGGGGACUCGAGCAUGUAUGGUACCGAUGAUGCUUGUAGUCCUGUACUCCGAGUUAGCUACGACCUACCUUUCAUGCAACGAAGAUUUACGAAAAUUUAUGUGUGUACUAAUGGACUCCUUUGCUUCAACAGACCUUUCUACGGAUAUUCGAUUCCAAAAAAGCAGGGCUUUAAUUAUGAUUUUUUGAACAUCUAUUGCCUGGCUCCAUACUUCGCAGAUUUGUACCUUACGCUUACUGGCCGAGUGUGGUAUCAAGCAUAUAACACUUUAACGGACGAUAGUUCGGAAUCGACUGAUGUUUCCAUUAAAGUGCAUAAUCUUGUAAAUGAACUCUACGAUGAAGAAUUUAAUCCAGUUUAUGUUUUAAAGGCCACUUGGUAUGAAGCACGAUAUAUUGGAGGAAGACCAUCAGAGACUGCUACGUUCCAAGUAAUUUAUGCAACAGACGGGCAGAGGUCAUAUGCCUUUUAUAACUACGCAGAAAUGAACUUCCAAUCUGGCUUACAGUUUAUUGGAAUCAUUAGCAAUGGGAAUUUAGAAGGACUGGAUUAUAGUUCGGAUGGGUCAUACCUGCUACGCCCGGAUAAAAAUCUCAUAUUUGGAGCUUAUAAAGGGGCUGCAAGUUACAAACUGACGACAGAAGAAACAGCACUGGUACCGAACUAUGGUGUGCAGUGCCUUGCUUGGCGCAAAACAGAGAAGCAGAAUAUAGGCAGAUAUAUAGAAGCAGCGAACAAAAUGCCGCUAUGUCCUUGUGUAUCAUUCUUUCUGUUUUUUGACAGACAGUUUGGUUUUCCAACAUUCGAAGCAUCUAGGUUUACAGUACCACUGUUACCUGGGAGGGCCUUUGCCCCGCACGGAAAGACAUGUGCUUAUAGCAGAUGGACUGGUGGCUUUAUAUGGUUCGGUAGACGGGCAGGUUCUUUCCAUUCUUUCAACGAAUACAUUUAUCCAAAUGCGCAUGCUCUGUUUGACGAGAAAUACAGGAGAAUUUGCUGCGAUUACUCCAAUAAUUGUAACUUUUACUACGAAGUUAGACCUCGCACACAAGGAUGCUACUUUCGAUCUCUUUUCCGUUUCGGUGGUGGUUUCGGAGACCCUCAUAUAUCUACACUCGAUGGUGUGACGUACACGUUCAAUGGUUACGGGGAGUAUAUACUGCUCCGUAUAACAUCAGCAGAUUUUGAAAUACAAAGUAGGACAGAAAGGGCCAAGAAAUCUGACGGUUCAGAUUCGGAGGCGACAAUAUUUACUGCGUUUGUUAUACAGUCGUCAGACGUCUGGCUUCAAGUAGAGCUGAAUAACGAAAAAACAGGAAUAAAUUUAUUUGUGGGUACUAACAAGACGGACUGGGCAGAUUACACGGGAGAGUUUCAAAGCAAGGGAGAUAACUUUACUUACGUUACUGAUGCACUGAGUUUGAGCCGGGAUAAUAACACGCUGGUGACAAGUUUUUCCGGGACAGGUGUGGCUUUCAACGUCACUUACAAUGUCGGACUGUUGCAGAUGAGCACCGGAUUGUUGAACACUUACAACAACAAGACUUCUGGGUUGUUGGGUAACUUUAAUGGUGACGUCACUGAUGAUUACUUCCCGCGGGCAGCGUCGUCUGCCUUACCCAGUAAUUCAACAGAAAGGAUGAUUUUCAAAGAUUUCGGGCAAACUUGGAUAACAUCUGCGAAUGAAAGCAAUUUCAAAUACGACAACGGAAAAUCCCACGCUGACUACAAUUUUCCUGAUUUUGUGCCAAAGUUUUUAGAUGAAGCGAACCAAACAAUUGUUGACGAGGCGAAGUCUGUCUGUGGGGAGGGAAACAAUCAGUGCAUAUUUGAUAUGGUGUUUACCGGAAAUAAGGAGCUGGCACAGACGACAACUUUAACUGAGGCCGAGGCUGCUGAAAUUUCAGCCGAGGCGUCUAAUGAAGUUCCGGAAUUAAGUGUGAGCAGUGGAACAACAUUACAAGAAGGCGAGAACUACAUUUAUGUGACGGUAAACGAAUCAGCAACCUUCACUGUCAAUGGUACCGACGAUGGCACAUUAACGUACGAGUUUGUGAAUAAUUCCGCAGGGGCUGAUCUUGGAACUCAAAACAAUGAUGGAACAGUCGAUGUCAGUUUUGUAGUAACUAGCACUGAUCCGGUUUACCUUAGUAUGACUGCCAAAGAUGACAAGGGAGUUAACUCUCCUCCAGUUGAUAUAGUUAUUGUCCUGUGUACUAACUGUAGCUCACACGGUGUAUGUAACAACAGUGUUAUUAGAGAUGAUGAGAGGUCUACAGACAACUUUAAGUAUGCCAUGUGUGAGUGUGAGCCGUACUGGGAAGGUGCGGAUUGCGAGUUUGAUUUUAACGGAUGUGAUGCGAGCCCCUGUUCAGUUGGCCGGAACUGUACAGACAGGCAGGCAUAUGAACACAAGGCCAACCCUAGCCUUAAACCUUACACUUGCACGCCCUGUCCUACCGGAUACAAGGAUGCCGAUGGCAAAUGUGAAGAUGACAACGAGUGUAAUGUCACAUCAGUUUGUUCCCAAAUUUGUAUAAAUACAGUUGGAAGCUUCUCUUGUCAGUGUAACACUGGGUACAGGCUGGCGCAAGAUGGCGCUACAUGCGACGAUAUCAACGAGUGUGAGGAGUCGACCAGUGGCUGUAUCCAUGUGUGCACAAAUACUGCCGGAAGUUAUAACUGUUCCUGUUAUGACGGGUUCAUAUAUAACACCACAAGCAAAUCGUGUGACAAAGAUCAAACGGGUCCCGUUGGUUGUGAUGCGCUGGACUGUAACAGUACUGCUGGUUGUACCCUCAAAGAGACCAACUUACCGGUGUGUUUCUGUGACAGUGGUUACCAGAUUCAGGUCAACAAUACUUGUACAGAUAUAGACGAGUGUACGAGUGCAGUUUGUUCACAGACUUGCAGUAACACGGUGGGCAGUUAUUCCUGUGGAUGCUUUACUGGAUACUCACUGCUCGAUGACAGAGUGUCUUGUGAACCAUGUCCGUUUCCAAAAUAUGGUGAAAAUUGUGACCUGACCUGUCAAUGUGGGCGUGGCUCUUUGCGCUGUGACCCGGUACGUGGUUGUGUCUGUAAAGCGGGUUGGACAGGAACACAUUGUGACACUGACGUCAAUGAAUGCCUGGUUCCCAAUACGUGCAAAGACGUGAACAAAGUCUGCACAAACACAAUUGGUUCCCAUAUAUGUUCGUGUCGUUCAGGAUACAGUUUGUCAAACAACAGCUGUGUUGACAUUGAUGAGUGCAAUGAUCCCGCCCUCAAUACGUGCGAACAGGUGUGCACGAACACUGUGGGCGGAUUCUCGUGCAGCUGUAAUUCAGGCUACAAUAUAGAUUCGAAUGACACAACUAAAUGUACAGAUUAUGACGAAUGUUCGGCUGGAGUGUCGGGAUGUGAACAUAUCUGUACUAAUAAACCAGGAAGAUACAAUUGUGAAUGCUAUUUCGGAUUUCUUCUCAACUCGGACAGAAAAACUUGCACUAAAGUGUCAGAUCCAUGUACGCUGUUCCCGGAGGUCAAAUGUUCAGAUAUAUGUCUGGUUGUCAACGAAAAACCACAGUGUUCGUGUAAUACAGGGUUCAUUUUAGGAACAGAUCAACAGACUUGUAUCGACGUGAACGAAUGUGACUCUGACCUAAACCUGUGUAGCGAGACAGACACGUGUGUGAACGAGGCUGGGGGCUACACAUGUUCUUGCAGUGCCGGGUACAAACUUGAAAACGACUUAAGAACAUGCAAAGAAUGCGAUCCUUUCCACUAUGGUUUGAACUGUGCAAGUGAAUGUAACUGUGGUGCAGGUGCUACGCGGUGUGAUCGUGUGACAGGCUGUGUUUGUGACGUCGGCUGGACGGGUGAAAAAUGUGACACGGAUAAAGACGAGUGUGCCAACUCUCCGUGUAUGGGCCAAAACAAGAUUUGUACCAAUACGCCAGGAUCUUAUACAUGUACAUGUGAUACAGGGUAUAAGGAAAAAAAUGGAACAUGUCAAGAAAAAUCCAUGUUUUAUUUGCAAAAUCUGCAUAACUUCACUGCUUUUUCACCUAAAGCUGCGGAACAGUGUGAUCCAAAUCCAUGUCAGAAUAACACACAGUGCACGGUGGUAAAUGGCGUGUCAACAUGUUUCUGUGAAGCUGGCUACAUGUUUGAAUCUGGAUCUAACACAACAUGUGAAGAUAUUGCUGAGUGUUCAAGGACACCUUCACCAUGUUCUCAAGGAUGUAUUGACUUCCCAGGCGGGUAUGAGUGUGCUUGUAAUAUUUAUGGUUACCGCCUGGAUACAGACAAGUCUACUUGUAUUGCUUGUUCGGAAAAUACAUAUGGUGGUAACUGCACUCAGAACUGCUCGUGUGAGGUAUCAAAUACAUUGUCUUGUAACGCUGCUAAUGGUUCAUGCACGUGCAAAGAGGGAUGGACAGGAGACACGUGUGAAGAUAACAUCAAUGAGUGUGGUGAUGCCGCGAUUCACAACUGCCCAGUUAACUCUCUGUGUAUGGAUAAAAACGGUUCAUUUUACUGUAAAUGUGACACAGGGUAUCUCAAGUCCGGCGAUGGAUCAUGCCAAACGUGUGAUCAGGGACAAUAUGGAGUUGAUUGUACCAAUACGUGUUCAUGCAACACAAGCAACACCGAGACCUGUAACCCCGUCAACGGAAGUUGCACGUGCAAAUCAGGAUGGGACGGAGAUAACUGUGGUCAAAACAAGAACGAAUGCACUCUUAAUACCUUCACAUGUCCUCAAAAUGCAUCAUGUGAAGACACACAAGGUUCAUAUAAAUGCAACUGUGAUACUGGAUUCUCAAAGACAAGUGACGAGAAGUGUAAAGUUUGCGACCCGAGGUAUUAUGGACAAGACUGUGCCACACCUUGUUCGUGCUAUGCAGUCAACACCAAAGUGUGCGAUCAUGUGACCGGGAAUUGCACGUGCAAUGAAGGGUGGGAAGGGGAACAGUGCUCAAAGGAUAUAGAUGAGUGUACCACUAGCAGCAAUCCUUGUACUGAACGUCUGAGAACAGUUUGUAUAAACAAUAACGGCUCGUACACUUGCCAGUGCGAUGAAGGUUUUGAACUAGAUGACGCUGAAACCUGUGUUGAUAUAAAUGAGUGUGAGAAGGGGUCUGAUGACUGUUUACAGAACUGUAACAAUACAGAAGGCUCGUAUACAUGUUUCUGUGAUGUGGGAUAUAACGGAACCGGAAAUGACUGUACAGAAUGCACUGGUAACUCAUACGGCGAAGACUGUAGGAACACUUGUGACUGUGAACAAAAUCACACUACGAGUACAACACAGCAAUGCGAGAAUGUGAAUGGAACGUGUCUAUGUUUGUCGACCUGGACUGGAGAGAGGUGUGAAAUUGAUGUAGAUGAGUGUACACUAGGUACAGACAAUUGUAAUAAAUCCAAUGAGGGUUGCCAUAAUACCGAGGGUGGCUUUGUUUGUUCCUGUUUCAUUGGCUUUAAAAAGGAUGCGAACCGAACUUGUAUAUUUGAAACGUCAUCAGCUCCUACACCAACUACAGAACCAGAUGGAUUUGAAAUUGUUAAAGUCGUCCUGAUAUUGGAAAUCACACUGGAUUCAGGGGUUGAUCUUAAUAUCACUACAACAUACAAUACAUACAAGACUGAAGUGUACAACAAAUUAUUCAAUAUUUACCAAAGCAACCUUCCAGAGGGCACUAACCUUACUAUUAUCAUUCGAGAUAUCAGAAGUGGCAGUCUAAUUGUGGAAUACGAUGUCAAAGUGCCAACAUCAGCACUGUCAGAUGUUGCUUUUACCAAUGCCAAGAUAGCAAGUUCUCAAGAGACACUUCAGAUACUUGGUAAAAAUGCAACUGCCAUUGGAUUAUCAAUUAACAACGUUAACGUAACUAUUGGUGGGAAUUACACGGACGUGCUCCUCUGCGAGUUAUAUGAAGCAUCCGCUGGUACAUGUGGAACACAAUGUGUUGUAAUUGAUGGUAAACCAGCAUGCCAAUUGAAAACAGAAAUAGAUAACCUACCGCUUAUCCUCGGCCUUGGUAUUGGUAUUCCAAUGUUUUUCAUGUGUGUUGCUCUGCUGGUUUUAUGCAUUGUUUACUAUCAUCAACGAAAGCAAGCGGAUUCAUCAGAAAGCGACAGUAGAAGCUACGGGGAGAGAGACAGCAUCAUAUUUGAUAGCAAGAUGCCGACCAGAAUAAACACAAGAAUACCAAUGGGACCUUUCACCCGACAUCAAGACCGCAUGGAGUACCCUGACUACACGGAAUAUUCCAGGGACAGCAGGCGACAUGUUUAUGGUAACUCGAGGAGCUAUGAUAAUGAUACUGACCCAGAAAGGAACAAAGGUUUCUCUUGGGAUUAUCUGUUCAGGGAGCUGGAUCCAGGAGAACCGUACAAAAUUAAAAGACCCAAGGUAGACACUGAUACACAAAGAUACGAUGAGUAUUAGAGCUCAUACAACAUUGUACACCAGGACACACAAAAUUGGCAAAUAUAACCUGGAACAGUUGGACUGAAAAAAUGUAGAACUGUUUUAACUGUUUCGUUCGUUAAUUAGUAUUUAUAUCGAUACAAUUCGUACGUACGAGUGAAAUUUAUAUGAGCACAAUAUGCAUGAUAUGCGUAAAUAAGCCUUCAGUGGCGAUAAUGUGACUUUGUAAGUAUGUGUGUACAUUUUAGGGAAGGCAUUCAGAAUAUUUCGAAAUGAUAAUAAGAAUAGAAAUUUGGACAAUUCCUAAAGCCUUCAACAUGUCUUUAUUUUCUGAACCGUUUAUGAAAUUUUGAAAGAUAGUAGGGUACGAUACUGUGCACGUGUGUGUUACAAAAAUAACAUGAUAGUAUAAAAACGAUGUUUGUAUAUAGUGUUUGCCAACGCAUCUGAUAUAUAAGAAAAAUUGUAUAUAAAUAUGUAAUUAGUAUAUAAGCAGUCAUUCGCCGGCGAUGGAAACAAGUUCUUAACAUUUAUUUUACAUUUUAAAAGAACAAAUGUACAUGUACAUAUUUUAGAAUAUUAUGAUGCAUAACUAAUUGCAAAUUAAAAAUUACUGUUUGUAUAUAGUCAAUAUAUAUUCUGAUGGUAUAAUAUGGAGUAAUAAUCAGACCCCUGCAAUUACAAAUAUAUUGCUCAAUGUGUAUGUAUGACUACCGAUGUCAUGUUUCUUAUUUAUACUAUUUUUUUUUAAAUCUGAUUUAAAUGUUUCCUGGUGAAAUAUGAAGUUUGUCUGAAAGCAAAACAAUGUCUCGAUUUCACAUUUCGACCCAGAAUGAGAGUACGCAACUUCAAUAGGGAACACUUGUCUAAUAUUAUGCAACAGCAGAUUUCCAUGUUUAUAUUUUAAAAUUCCAUUUCUGUUUUACUUUGUAAUAGACAGAUUUCAAUGACAAUUUCAAGGGAUCGACGAUUUAGAGACACUUUACUGCCUGAUGUUUUCUGAAUGUUCUGUUGUAUCUUCAUCAAAGUUUGCAUGUUUAGUUCUCUCGUAUUGCACUUUAUAUUUGACAGUGGGGACUUUGUUCUUGUUUGUUUUUGUUGUUUUUUUUUUCACAUAGAAGUGAAUUGUAAUAUUUUAGUUCAUUGUAAUACUUCUUACUACCUUUUGUUUGGUGGACGAUAUGUUUACCAAAGGUAUACAGCCAUAUAGCUUUAAUUGGUCUCUAUGCAGAAACAAUAUAUAUAUUUUUAAAAAUGACAGCUUUUGUGUAUGGUAAACCACCAGACUGACGUUUCAUACAAUGUUAUGCUGAAGAACAUUAGCUUCUGAGACAUAUAAAAGCAGAAAAAGCACAGGUCACCGCACUCAUUUUAUUACAUGGGACAUUUUCUUCACCCACUGUUUAAGCAUUUUUGAAAUCAAGUAUAAUUGAAACAAUGGCGGGGUUGGGGGUUGUACUUUACAUAUAAUAUCCCGGAUUUCAGGUCUUACAGGUUACUAAAAUACGAGGUGAUAUCAGUAUUAUAUAAGCAUAAGUUUUAAAUAACACCUCUCAUCAAUUUUUAUACACCACUUUUUUUUUUUCAAUGGAAAAUACAACUUAUUUACAUCUACAAAAUAAACAUCUUAUUUUAAAGUGGCAUGCCUCCAGAUCGUUCAUAAACAAAACAAAAAAUAUAUUUUUUUCUAGAUAUCUUGAAAUAAAUGCUAGAUUUCUUAAGAAGCUUUAAAACUUAAUUACUGACAAACUUUAUGUUACGGAAACACAUGAGAAUUUGCUGUAUUUACUACUUUUUACGAUGAAAAUCGAAAAGCGUUUGUCACGCUUUUACUCCAGGUAAAUGUCUCGAUUAUAAAUAUCUAUAUUUUGAAGUCAUUAUUCACUACUUCGGCUAUAGCGCUAUUGGUUACGACGACAUAAAAAAAUUCUUUACUGCCACGGUGGUCCGGGGUUAGAUUCCCGACGCGGUUAUCUUUCUUUUUUUUUUAUUUGUAAUUUUUAAAAUAUUUUAGAAACAAAAAUCCAUAUUCUAAUGUUCAUAAUAUGACAAAAACUUCAAUUUUAUAGAAAGAUAAUUUUUUAGCCAAAUCUGGAGGCAUUAAGAUUUAAAAAUAUUUUUUGUUUCUUUAAUGGCACAAAAAUGCUUCAAAAUGGGAAACAAAUGUUAGGGUUCCCGUGCAUUCAAGAGAAAUAUUUAGAAGUAAAAAGGCCUGGUCAGUUUUGAUAUUUUCAGUUCUUGUUUUAAUUUAUAGUUCCUAGAUAGUAUAAAGUGCUAUGUUGAAAACUUUUAUUUCAGUUGUAGCUUAUCAUUGUAUAUAUCAGUCAGAAAACCUUUAGAGCCAAAUCUGAUCUACUUAAAUAGGUAUUUGAAGUUACUGACCUCUACCUCAGUUCGCAUCUUAUAUAAGAUUAAGGCAAAUGCCGGUAUAAAAUAAAGGAGAUUUUUUCGCAAGAAGUAGAAUCUGUUUCGUUUAAUGGUACGUACCACACAGUGGUGUGGGAGACAUAUUGAUUUACUCCUCUGUGUGUGUGUGAGUGUGUGUGUGUGUCUGUGUCUGUCUGUCUGUCUGUCACAAAGCUUGUCCGCACUCUAAGUCGAACAUUUAUCAUCCGAUCUUCAACUUGAACAAAAUAUGUUUGCCAAUAGGUCCUCUGCCAAGUUCGAUAACUAGCCAAAUCGGCCCAGGCACUUCGGAAUUAUGGCCCUUGAAUUACCGAAAAACGCUCAGAUUUUGGGCGCAUUCCUGGAGCCAGAAGGACCCCUAUACUACUAAUGAGUAGUAUAGGAGUCCUUUUGGCUCAAGGAAUGUGCAUGCAAUCUGAGUGGUAUAGGAGUCCUUUUGGCUUGAUGAAUGUGCAUGUGCUCUAGUAGGACAAGUUCGUUAAUGAGCCAAAUCGGUCCAGGCACUUCGGAGUUAUGGCCCUUGAAUAACCGAAAAUCGGCCUUUUUACUCUUGUCUGUGUUCUAAGUCGAACAUUUUUCAUCCGAUCUUAACCAAACUUGAACCAAAUGUUUUUGACCAUAACUCCUCGGCCAAGUUCAUUAACUAGCCAAAUCGCCCGAAACACUCCAGAAAUAUGGCCCUUGAAUUACCCAAAAUCGGCCUUUUUAUUCUUCAAAGGUAUAUUUGUAGUGAGUAAACAGUAUAUAAAGACUGACUUGCUAUUUAGAUGAUUAGGCAGUUGUGGGAGACAUGCGCUUUUCUCAAAAGCAACUAUAGUUUUCAGCAUAAACUUUGUUUGAAAGAAAAAUUCUAAGAAACAUUUUGUUUCAAAAUGGUGGAUCAAUCGCACUUAGUCUACAUGUAUAUCUAAACAUAUCUAGUAAGAUGAACUCUUCUGCAGUAUUUGUUGGCCUUAGUCGGGAUUAUUCCUUCCUGUUCCAACUUUAAAUAAGACGUCUGCAGUGAUCUUAUUGCUUAUCCUCUUCUUACAGGAUGAAUAUGCUUAGGCCCUUUGUAUUUGGAUUCCCUCAUAUAUUACCGUUGUUGUAUGUACCUGUUCUAUUGCUUUUAAACAUGCAGUUAUUCAAGAUAAAGACAUUAAAUGACUAAACCGUACUAUAGAAUGAAUGGAAUUAGGUAGGAGUUUUUUUAAUGUGAAAACCGAUUAAGAAGCUGAAUUGAAUAUGUAUAUACUUUUAUAUAUUUAAAGGGGAAAUACAGUAAAUCCAUGCAAAAAAUAUUAAUCAGAUAUUUUGUAGGUAAUAUAAAUCCUGUGCCCUGUAAUAUGCAUAUACAUGUAUAUCUAAUGAAUAAAUAUUA